AUGGCAUACACAAAAAAGGCAAAGAAUUUCACAAAGGCAGGCGUAAAGGCAAAACCCAGAAAGACAGCCACAUCGGUUGUUUCCGUAACCGUAGCCACAAAGGUCGAAAAGCCUAACAAGAAGCACAAGCAGCGCGAGCGCAUCAGCUCAGAAGCAAUCAACCCUAAAUAUGCCAAGAAGGUAGGAUCUAAAGUGGAUCUUUCAGGAAUGGAACUAAUGCCAAAAUUCAUAAAGGAUUUUAUGAUGGAGGUAAUCGCAAAAGCCGCUGGAAAAGAGCAGGAAAAGGAAGAUGCAAAAAUUGCCCGAAAGGUUGCAGUACAAAAAUACUUGGAAAGUAAAAAAGAGAAGAAGGAAGAUAAAAAGUCAUUGAAACAAGAUAAACUUGAACAAACCAAGCAAAAGUUAGUCGAAGCACAGAAGUCAAAGAAGUCUGAUGGUCGCAAAGCUAAAGCUCAAGCUAAGACAGAGGCUUCCCGCCCGAAGAAAGCGGAACCGGAAAAGCCAACUAAGAGAGUCAGAUUUGCAUAG